AAAACACGGAACCGGAUCGAGUGAGUGAGGCGGAGGAGGAUCUGCUGGGUAAAGUCCGAGGUUUUACACAGGGGUUUAUAUACAGGAGGUUUAAUAUAAAGCAGUUUUCAGCAGGUUUAGUGUAUAAAUAUAGUGUAUUUAGUAGCUGUAUCAUGUCGGCGGGGAGCGACAGCGCGGUAAAAGCUCGGGUGGUGCUUCAGCAGUGUCUGCGCGCCACCCUGCAGGUUAAACCCCCGCAGGAGGAGUCUGAAGCUCAGUGGGUUCAGAUUGACAGAGGAAUGGUGAUCUACAUCUGCUUCUUUAAAGGUGCAACUGAAGACAUCAUCCCCAAAAUGGUGAACUCCCUGCUGAACAUAAAGCUUUGUGAAACGGAUGCUGGGAAAUAUACUUCAGUCCUAGAUUUACCCGGAAAUGUUCUCAUUGUACCCCAAGCGACAUUAGGAGGAAAAUCGAAGGGUAAAUGCAUGCAGUACCACGGGAACAUCGGCAAAGAGGACGGACAGAAGCUUUACUCCAGCUUUGUCUCUCAGUGCGAGCAGGAACUGAGUUUAGCUGUUAAAUGCAGUGAAGCUGGAACAGAAGUCAAACAUGGAACAUAUGGUAACAGACAGGUUCUGAAGCUGGACACAAACGGACCCUAUACUCAUCUAAUGGAGUUUUAAUGCUGAGUGUUUCUGUGUGAUUGAUGUAUGAAUAAGGAGUGAAUGGGACAUUUAUCCUGUAUACGCUAAAAUACAUUUGUUAAUUCAAUUCAGUUCUUGGUGGAUUGGUGGAUAUGGAUUGGUGAUACUGUACAGUAAGAUUGCACUUUUCUGUUGCACAAAUCAUCUACACUCCAAAAUACAUUAAUAAAUGAGCAAAUAGUUUGGAAAAUAAAUGCACAUGAUCUUU